CUCUUUUGAUGAGAAAAAGAAAAAAAAGAUUGAACACAGAGAAGUGGAGCGGCAAAGAAGACAAGAAAUGGGUAACCUCUAUGCAUCACUUCGAUCAAAACUCCCUCUAGAGUAUCUCAAGGGAAAACGUUCUAUCUCUGAUCACAUGAAUGAGGCUACCAAUUACAUAAGAGACUUACAGGAGAGAGUCCAAGAGCUUAAUGAGAAGAGAGAUAGGCUCAGAAAUAUGCCCAAUUCAGCUACUCCUGAUAUAGUUUCUCGCAAUCGUUGUACGCCGGACAUCGUUACAGUCCGGCCAUGUUGCGGCGGAGUAGUGGAGGUUUUGAUCAGCAGUGGAUUGAGGAAUGACGAGUUUCCAUUGUCUAGGGUGCUGAGAUUGAUGGUGGAUCAAGGGUUUUGUAUAUUUAGUUGUUUCUCUAAUACAGUGAAUGAGAGAUCACUUCACACUAUUCAGUCUGAGGUUAGUGAUCUGGGAACUGUGGAUCUAUCUGGACUGCAACAGAUGUUGACUGAUUUUCUUGCAUCUUCCUCGAGUUAGUUAGAGUUCCAUUGAGCUCGUUG